UCAAAUCCCACUAAAUCUUAUCAAAAACCCAAUCCAAAACCCCUUACAAAAAAUUUACAAAAACCCCUUUUCUCCAACACCCAAAUAUCUUGAGAAAAAAAAUAUUUUCUUGAAAAAAUGUCCAAUAAAGAAAUGGAAGUAGUGAGGAAUUUGGAUGUUGAAAAAUACAUGGGAAGAUGGUAUGAAAUAGCUAGUUUCCCAUCUAUAACACAGCCCAAAAAUGGUGUAAACACAAGAGCCACUUACACUUUAAAUCCAGAUGGUACAGUACAUGUACUAAAUGAAACUUGGAGUAAUGGCAAAAGAGGAUCAAUUGAAGGGACUGCAUAUAAAGCUGAUCCUAAAAGUGAUGAAGCUAAGCUUAAAGUGAAGUUUUAUGUUCCUCCAUUUUUGCCAAUUAUUCCUGUUGUUGGUGAUUAUUGGGUUCUUUAUAUUGAUAAUGAUUAUCAAUAUGCUUUGAUUGGUCAGCCUAGUAGGAAGUAUCUUUGGAUAUUAUGUAGGAAAACACAUCUUGACGAAGAGAUAUACAACAUGCUGAUUGAGAAGGCUAAAGAAGUUGGCUAUGAUGUGAGUAAACUCCACAAGACACCUCAGUCUGAUCCUCCACCAGAGGGUGAAGAUAGCCCACAGGACACCAAAGGAAUUUGGUGGCUCAAAUCAAUCUUUGGAAGAUAAACAUGCAUUGUGUAUAUAUAUAUAUAGCCGAGACUCUCCCGGAAACAGCCUCUCUAUCCUUUCGGAGUAGGGGUAAGGUUUGCGUACACUCUACUCUCCUCAGAUCCUAAAUCUCACUAGUGAGAUUUUUUUUACUGGGUAUAUUGAUGAAUAUAUAUAUUAAAUCCACAGAAAAAAAAAAAGAAAAAGAGAAAAAAGGGGUUGUGGUGUUGUAAGAGAGUUUUGCUGUUAAUUCCAUAUGUUUUAAGGUUGUAUUUCCUAAGAUGUCUUUUUAUUUUCUGGAACUUUGUAAUGUUGAUAGUAAGUAGUGUCAAGUGUGUGGUGAUUGUAAAAUAGAGUUUGUUUGUCAAUUUUACAUUUGAAUUUUAUUAUGUAUGAAAAUGUUGUUGCUUUCUUUGG